CUUCCCCCUCAUCUCCCCCUUUGUGCCAAAGACAAUACUGUCGCCUUUUCUCCCCAGUGUGUCAGUUAUUACUGUGCCCUCAUCUCUCCCAUGUGUCACAGUCAAUACUGUCCCCUCAUCUUCCCCCUGUUUGUCCUCUCAUCUGUGUGUCACAGUAAUUAGUGUCCCCUCAUCUUUCAAAAAAAGCAUACAUAUUAUUUUACUUGCCUUUACCUCUGUUCCCACGCCGAUCCCCCUUUCUGCGGUCAUGCUCCAUACUACUGAUGUCCGUUGCUCAUGUAACACCAGGGCACCAACUGCAGGCAGCGUGGGAAUGAAGGGAGAGCUAUUGCUCAGAGUUGGUUUCUGCACUGCAGCACAGCACUUUGAGAAAAGUAUUUACCUGUGGAGUUACUUACCGCCUCCAUAUAAAUGUAAGCAUUGUUUAAGGCAGCGGCGGACUGUACUGUAUUUAUUCUUAAUGGAAAUUAAAAGCUUUCUGAGACAGAUCAGUUGUGAAGACUCUACAACAGUUGGUGCCUGAAGUCAACACUCUCAUGUCUAGCAGGAGAGCCUGCCAUUCUGAUGGUAUGUAACAUGGAUCGGUUCACUGACUUUGGCACACAGACUGAUACGGUGGUGGUGCUGUCUCUAGCACAGGCAGCUGUCUUGGGCCUGGUGUCAGACAACGAACUUUUUGGAGCCACGAUCAGCCCUAGUGGAUUCUUCCCUGCCUCUAGGAGCAACUUUUCAGAUAAUGGACCUAUUGAGGCAGAGCAGCCAGAAGGUGACAACUACCUAAACACUGGGGGAAAGGUUGCAGCUGAACCACUAGAAGAUGAAGCCUUAGAUUCAGAAAAACAUCCAAAACGGAAGAAACGUCUACCAGUCAAAGUGGUUCCUAAAAUAAAAUGUGAAAAACCUGAAGAAGAAAUAGAUGCAGGAGAGAUCUGCCAGGUCACUAUAGGAGCCAAAACUGAAGAAGGUGAAAAUGAAGACUUAGUUUCACAAGAUACUCAGGAGCAAACAAUUGACAACACUGUACAAAGCAGUUCUAUGAAAAUGAUUGAUCUCAGUACAUUUCAUAGAAAGCCAAAGAGGUUUCGUCACUUUAGAGAGAGACUACGUCAUGAUGUGGAUACGGACUAUCGACGUGUAUUACAUCACCCCAUACAAAACACUUACCCUCUCCCACCCAUGCCAAUGAUCACUGGGAACUCCAGCAUGGAGAGUAUGCAAAGGCAGUGUAGUUUUGGUCCUAGUUUAGUGCAGCCUAGUGACACUAGAAAUCCAAUGGUUGGAUCACCCAAAACAGAGGAAAAUGUGCAAAGCUUUAUUUGGCCUGAACCCAAUGAACAUGAAACAGAUACAGCUGAAACAAUUGAACGCAACAAAAAAGCUCAGUUGGAUAGGCUGGAUAUAAAUGUACAGAUUGAUGAUUCUUACCUGGUGGAGGCUGGUGAUCGACAGAAACGGUGGCAGUGCCGAAUGUGUGAGAAAUCCUAUACCUCAAAGUACAACUUAGUCACACACAUUCUGGGGCACAGCGGUAUCAAACCCCAUUCGUGCCCACACUGCAACAAACUUUUCAAACAGCCAAGUCAUUUACAGACUCAUCUCCUGACACACCAAGGGACAAGACCGCACAAGUGUGAGGUGUGCAACAAAGCCUUUACACAGACCAGCCACCUGAAGAGACAUAUGUUACUUCACACAGAUAUCAAACCCUACAGUUGCCGCUUCUGUGGUCGGGGAUUUGCUUACCCCAGUGAACUCAAAGCCCAUGAAGUCAAGCAUGAAAAUGGCCGUUGCCAUGUCUGUGUUGAAUGUGGACUGGACUUUGCUACAUUAACACAGCUGAAGCGUCACAUUUCCUCACACCAAGGUCCCACAAUGUACCAGUGUAUGGAGUGCAACAAGUCCUUCCAUUAUCGCAGCCAGCUACAAAACCAUAUGCUGAAGCAUCAGAAUGUUCGACCAUUUGUCUGUAAAGAAUGUGGCAUGGAGUUUAGCCAAAUCCAUCAUCUCAAACAGCACUCACUUACACAUAAGGGAGUAAAGGAGUUUAAAUGUGAGGUAUGUGGGCGGGAGUUCACUCUGCAUGCCAACAUGAAGCGUCACAUGCUGAUCCAUGCCAGUGUUCGCCCAUUCCAGUGCCAUAUCUGCUUUAAGACCUUUGUACAGAAGCAAACGCUGAAGACCCAUAUGAUAGUGCACUCCCCUGUGAAGCCGUUCAAAUGCAAGGUGUGCGGCAAAUCUUUCAACCGAAUGUAUAAUUUGCUGGGUCACAUGCACCUUCAUGCAGGAUACAAGCCCUUUAAAUGCCCAUAUUGCUCUAGCAAGUUUAACUUGAAAGGCAACCUCAGUCGUCACAUGAAGGUCAAACAUGGAGUCAUGGACAUCAGCUUGGAAAACCAAGACCCAAUGAUGGAUCUUCCUGACCAAGAAGCCAACGAUAUGGACAGCCAACAAGGAAUGGUGGACUUUGAGGAGAACUCAUACGGUUAUGGAGAAGUGGAAAAUCCAACUGAAGAUCGGUCAAUGGCUGCGCAAACUACAAAAGAUAUGGUCUAUUACAAUGUCUUAUAGUUAGAAGACAAAGGUUCAAGCCUGAAAGGGAAAAUCCUUGAAGUUGGCCUAAUUUCUGAAGUCAAGUUUUACUUGUUUCCGUUUGCAGUUAAAACAACUAUUUAAGCUUCUUCUUUAACAAAUCUACAAUGAUCAGCGAUGGCCUUACCAUAGGGAAGCAUCAGUGUAUAUAGGUAUAUAUCAGCUCAUGGUUUCUCUAAGUCUGGUUGGAUGAAGGAGGAAAUAAUAGUAUUUCAGUUGGCCCUGACCAUAAGAAGUUGGACUUUCAGACAUCAUAGUAGGUCCUUUUAUGGACCAUGCACAGACUGUAUUUCUGUUUUUGUAGCUUGACCACUGGUGUUAUACAAACUUUGCUUUAGUCAAGUAUACUUUAUGUUCCUAUGUUUUGCAUUAGAAAUUAAGUAUCUAUCAUCUGAAAUGAAAUUUGUCUGGAUAUCUAGGGAUGUUGUCUUUGUUGUCACUACCUUUCAUUCAUGCUCAAAGCAGAUUGUCUUUACACUGAGGGACACUGUAUAAAAUAGUCCUAGAUUCUGUCAUAGAGUCUUGGAGAUCUGUUGUAGAAUGUGUUAAAAUGAGGGUCAAAAGCCCAAUACAAAGGUUGCUUUGUUGUCCAUGUGGCCGUUGGUCCAUGCAAAGCUGUCCACUAUAAAUCCUGGAGGAACUGAUUGUAUACGUAUUCACACUUGAUUAUUAAUAUUAUUAUUAUUAUUUUUAUUUUUUGCAGUGAAAGGAAAUAGAGGGGGAUAUUGGUUUAUGUGAUAUAAGUUGCAGCAACAUACGUUGCCUUUCUACCUCUCCUGUUCUCCACCUCUCUUCCUAUAAAGACACUGACCGCUACUGAUCUGUAUAUUACACUGUAUUCUGUUUUUAGAUAUAGCAUUGAAGACUAUUCAUUGGCUCAGAAAUACUAUUUAACUGUCCUACAAUCCGUUUGAGAUUACUAAGGAACUGUGAGAAAGUCUUGCCUCCCUGGCAUAUAUGUAUGUCAGCUAUGAACCACUUCUUAGAUAGUUUAAUGUUUUUUUUCUGUAAUUUUUGACAUGCUCACGGGGGCCCAUCAGUGAUUCUAAUUCUACGGGCCUUAAUGAAAAGAACUUAUUUUUAAAAUUGACAUAUUUUAUAUUCUAAAUUAUCAAUAUACAGUAUAAUUAUUUCUCUAUGUUCUAGACAUAAGGAAAAUAAAGUCACUUUUACAUUUUCCUGUGUCCAUCAUAUUAUUAGUUCCUUUGGCUCCUGCAGAGUCUGCUUGAAUGUCAAUUUUGGAACAUUGUUAACAUUAUAGUGGGGAAAUAUAGGAUGUGACAAUUACAGUACAUGUUGUAUUGAACAUUAGAAAUCUUUAUGGGACCAAUGUCUGUUGUCGUUACUGUAAAGAUUGCACUUAAUAGAUGGCUUGUAAUGGACUUUUCAUCCACAUUGACCAGACUGCUUUGAUCCAUCUCUCAAUCUUCUAGCUGUGGACUGACUAGAAAAGUUGAAGGGAAUGUUUAAAUCACAUUUUUAUGUGAAAUUUAUUUUUCAAGAAUUGUUGGUUAUGUUUUUUUCUAAUUUUCCAUUUUACUAUGUAUAUUUUAAAAUAAUCCUGAAACAUUGCAGUUUUCAUUCUGACCACUAGGCUUGAAACUAAGCUAACACUUCCUGUUCUGUCUUUGAUAAGGAAUAGGCCGAUGGAAAGUGUUCUGAACAGAAUUACAGCCAAAGGUAACACCAGUAGAUAGAAAAGAAAAUAGGUGAAGCUCGAAGCUCAGCCUCCCCGUCACUGUGGAAUUACCUCUUCAAAAGUGACAGAAUUCAUGUGAAUGGGUCAGGUACUGGCUAUUGUUGUCUGUGUCCAUGGCGUGAAGCAUAUCACUAAAUGCUGUUAAAAACAGCUCUGGCAAGAUAGCUGCCCCCAUAAUAAUGUACAAAAAAUGAAAAAAAUAGAUGAAAAGAAAAAAAGUAUAAACUGAGUAGAAAAAAAAAAUGUGUCAGUAUCUGGUUCUGACAGUAAAAAAAGAAAUCUAGGCAAUGAAUUCCCUUUGAGGUUCCUGUUUUUCUUUUUGAUUACCAUGGAAUCCAAAAGAAAAACUUUCUGGGCAUUUAAACUGCUUAUUGUAAACCCUUCUAACACUGACAGGAUACAGCAUAUGUGGGUAUACAGGGAAGCCUCAAAUGGAAAAUCCUCCUAAGACAUUUAACAAAAGCUUAGAUCAUUUCAUGUAAUGAAACAGUAAUUGUUGACAGUGAAGUUUUAGACCUCAGAUCACAAUCUGGCUUUAGAAAUACAUUUAGGGUUGGGUCACAUGUGCCUUAUUUUGCUGCAUAUUUUAUGCAGCUGAUUUUGCUACCCAUUGACUUCAAUGGGUCGGAAAAUAUGCAGCAGCAAAUAUACAGUAGCAGAUACUGCACGUGUGACCCUACCCUUAAAGGGCACAUUUCCAUAGUAAAAUAGAGCUUCUGUAGUCAUGUAACGUACUUGAGCCAUUCAUUCUUUCACUAUGCUCCUUUACAGAUUCCAUCAAAACCACCAGACAAAUUAACAGCAUGCAGUAAAUUUCCAGACACCACGCUGCAAACCCGUUUGUUUGAGCUGCUCAGUGUUGAUACAUCUUUGUAUCCUACUUAAGCUAUAUUAGAGAAAGUAGACAAUAGGGGAUCCAGCUUCUCAGCAGAAAAAAACUGUUAAACUUCA